AUGGAGGCCUACGAGAGUUCUACAGUACGAGUGUGGCAGAUACAGUACGUGUACACGUUUAUACCUUCGUACGAAGAUAAACCAUACUGUAGGCCCUACAGUACAGUACUUGUACGUUGUACAGCUGUACACGUACACAUACAGUACAUAUUUAUGGACGGAAAUAGGAUAUUCUAUCAUACGAAGUUAUCAAAUCUUCGAAGGUACUUUCGUACUUUCGAAAGUACUUUCGAAGGUACGAAAGUACUUUCAAAGUACGAAGGUACGAAAGUACUUUCGUACAAAGUACUUUCGUACUUUCGAAAGUACUUUCGUACGAAAGAAAAGUACGAAGGUACGAAAGUAAGUUGUUACCUUCGUACGAAAGUAAGUUGUUACGAAGGUACGAAAGUACUGUACAACUACGUGUAG